AUGUGGCACCCUGUCGACAACAUAUCUGAAGAGCUCGUCGAUAUCAUUGUCAGCCUAUGCGGCCGACGCACUCUAGCAAACUUAUGCCGCGUGUCAAAGCAGUUCAACCGCAUCGCAACUCCUCAUCUCUACGCGAAUAUCACGUUAAACUCAGACAUAGGCGGGGAGGGAGCUCUGAGACACCUCCGCCCACUUGCGCACCGCUUUUUCGCCGAUCCAUCUUUUGCUUCGCUUGUAAAGUCCAUUGCCCUUCCAGAAGGUUGGGGAGGUUGUGAGAGCGCGCCUCGCCUUGACGGGUUCAAGGUGAAGCCAUGGCCAAGAAUCGAAACUCCCGAAACCGAGCAACUGCUAGAGCGAAUAUGUCGGGAAUACUACGACGAUGAAACCAAGGCGCUGAGAAUGUACAUCAAGUUGUAUGCAGCUGAUGCUGAUGUCAUUAUCACACUGCUCGUCGCGAAUCUCCCAAACCUGGAGAGAUUAGACUUAGAACUCGGAGAAUUUCGUGACCAUAAGCUCUUUUGCGAAAUGAUCAAGGGGUCUGCCGGGCGCCUUGAGGCUAAGAAAGCGGCGUCACUCAAUUCGACGGAAUGUUCCUCGUCUCCAACCGCCCCAUUGCCAAAACCUGUCGAUGUGUUCAUCAGGGAUUCUGAUGCUGGCGACGUUGAAUAUCUGGCAUCAUUCUUCCACCUGCCGAAUCUUCGCUCCAUGUACGCAUUCAAGUUUGGGGAUGACAAUGAGAAUAGCAAUAUGAUGGAGAGAAAUCCAUUCGCCGUGCUGGGACUGCGAUCCUGUGGCGUGCAAUACAUCGAGCUCAGAGCCUCCUCGCUGGCAACGCAUACGUUGCGAGACUUGAUCGAAGCGACUAUACCAGGCAAACUCAAAGCUUUCCUGUUCGAGAGGGCAGGUCCUUUCACGUCGCGCUCGGCGGAGCUUCCCUUUCUCAUGCGUUGUCUGGAAGAUCAUCAAGACCACCUGGAGACUCUCGCGCUCAGUUACGAGGAGAUCGAGGGCAGUACGGUAUUUGAAGAACCAUGGUGGGAGUUCCUGGAUAGACGGACGCCCGCCAUGUCAUUCACUUCUUUCAAGUCUCUUCGCCGCCUCCGAGUAGCGCCCGAAAUGAUCUGGGGAUACACCCAUGACGAAUGCACCGUUCAGUUCGAGGAUGAGAUCAUGCUGACCAUAGACAUGUUUUGGAAAGCUCUUCCAGCAUCCUUGGAGGAGCUCUGGCUUACACGGUUGCAACGCCAUUGGAUACCUGGCUUUAUGUCCCAUGAUCUCGGCAUCAUCCCACGCAUCCUUAUACCUGCGCUCCACCGUCUUGUAGAGGAAAGCAGCGAAGCAUGUCCCCAUCUCCGGUCGAUCCGCAUAGAAAUCCUACCUCAUCAUUGGGAAGUCCUGUGGCUAGAUCUGCUAGCCGAAUUCUGUCACGACGCCGAAAGGAGAGGUAUUCACUGCACUGUCAUCUUCCUUCACCCGCGUGAAGUCAAGUCCGAUUGGAAAACAAGGAGUGAAAUGGUCGAGCGUGGAUGGGGUUGGAACGAAGAUGUCGAAUGGAGCGAGAUUUCUAUGGACGCAAACAAGACAUGGCGGAAACAUGGUGUUUAUGCAGCGAGGGAGAAUAACUUGAAAGGGGAAAUGCGGGCGCUUCAAAACAGCAUCUUCGCGUACGUAGGCGUCAAGUCGUUGUUAUCCGAAGAGACCGAGACCGACGACGACUUAUCUUUAUCGGAACAGAGCGACACCGACGCUUCGGAAUAA